AUGGCCAAGUACAUGUCGGUGGCGGCGACCGCCAAGCCGGCGGCCGACGUGACGCACCCGCUCACGCGCGCGGGCUACCUCUCCAAGAUCACAUUUGGCUGGGCGAACGCGCUCCUCGCGCUUGGCCACGAACGCCAGAUCGACCCGGACGACCUCUGGCCGCUGGCACCGGAAAACACGUGCAAGGCCGUGAGCAGCGUCUUUGAGCCGUCGUUCACGUCGUCGCAUUCGAUCGUCAAGACCAUCUUUUCGCUCUACGGCUGGCGGCUCUUCUUGGUGGGCCUCCUGCAGGCGCUCACACUGGGCUGCACCUUGUACGGCCCGAUCGUGCUCAAGACGAUCUUGACCGCGGUCGAAGGCCCGUCGUUUGACCUCGUGCGCGUGCUCAAGUUUGUCGUCUCGCUCUUUGCGGUCAAGGCGCUGCAAGCGAUCCUCACGGCGCACGCCAACCUCGCGAACCAGCUCAUUACGAUCAAGAUCACGUCGGCGCUGCAGCACCUUCUCUUCCAGAAGGCCCUCGUCCUCGACGCGGCCUGUCGCCGUGAAAAGACGGCCGGCGAAAUCGCCAACAUGUUUUCGUCCGACAUCCAGUGGAUCAUCUCGUUUGCUAUGUACACGAACCAAAUCUGGUUGAUUCCGCUCCAGCUGUUCAUCGUGCUCGGCAUGCUCUACGACGUCAUUGGGUGGGCGACGUUUGUCGGCGCCGGCGUCAUUGCGAUCACGCUCCUCAGCAACAAUGUGCUCGCGAAUGCCCAGCGCAACGCGUUCAAGACGCUCAUGACGCAGAAGGACGAGCGCAUGAAGGCUGUGAACGAGGUCUUUGGCGCCAUGCAGAUCAUCAAGCUCAACGCGUGGGAAGAGAAGUUUGGCGACAAGAUUGCCGAGCUCCGCCGCGACGAAGUGUCGACGCUCAGCUACCUCGUGACGCUCACGUCCGUCCAGAUUGGCUGCCUCUACUCGGCGCCGGUCCUCGUCACCGUCUCGUCGUUUGCCAUCUACGCGCUCGUGAUGCAGCAAGCGGUGACAGCCGCCAAGGUCUUCACCGCGCUCUCGCUCUUUACAUUGCUGCGCGGCCCGAUGAUGAACCUGCCGCAGGUCGUCGCCAACCUCAUGCAGGCGGUCGUGGCACUCAAGCGCAUCAUGGAGUUUCUCGACAUGGACGAGAAGGACACGGACGUCGUCAAGACGCCCGAGACCAUCUCAACGUCGGAACUCAACGCGUACGCUGAAAAGAAGAUUGACAUUGAGAUUGCCGACGGCACGUUUGCAUGGGACGUCAGCGGCAAGCCGCUCUUCAACGGCAUCAACCUCCAAAUCAAGCGUGGCGAGUUUGUGCUCGUUCAUGGCGCGGUCGGCGAAGGCAAGUCGUCGCUCGUCUCGGCGCUGCUCGGCGAGAUGCACAAGCGCCACGGGUCGGUGUUUGUGGGCGGCCAAAGGACCCGCUAG